AAGCAGUCUUACUUUUAGUUGCCGCAGUGCCCCCUCGUAAUCACUGGUUUCCGGAUUGGGUGAGGUCGUUGUGGUACUGAUUCAGUGAUUGUGGUCAAGGAACCACCAUGCACGCUAUCCAGCAACAAUAUUGGGCCGUUCGAGACUAUCUCAGCCCAGUCCUGAAAGAAAGCAAAUUCAAAGAACACGGACGCAUAACCCCCGAGGAAUUCGUCGCAGCAGGAGACUUCCUAUCAUACAAAUUCCCAGUAUGGACAUGGGAAAAAGGCGACGCGUCCAAAGCCCGCGAUUACCUCCCAGCUGACAGACAAUACCUCGUCACCCGCGGCGUCCCCUGCCUCCGACGAGCCACAUCACUCGCAUACACAGACGCAGAUGAAGACGCUGAACGACUCCUCUCCUUCGGGGACUCUUCGGGCGCAGCCGAUGAAUGGGUAGAAACGCAUGCAGGGCGAGGAGCUACGGUGGACUCUGCAGCUAACCCAGGCGAGAUCGAUGAUAUCCCGGAUUUGGACGGUGAUGGAUUGGCUGGGGCAAUGGCGAAUGUGUCGAUUGUGUCGGAGACGGGUGCUACGGUGGGAGAGACACCAGAUCUAGAUGAUAUCCCUGAUAUGGAGGAGGAGGGGUUGGAGGAUGGUGAGGAUGAGGCUACGGCUGCGCCAGUUGUGCCCAAGGCUGGUGGCGUUCUUGACGCAUCGCAGGUGGGAGUUGCUAAUGGAAAUCUCCUGCAAGUACGAACGUACGACGUGAUGAUCACUUAUGACAAGUAUUACCAAACUCCGCGGAUCUGGCUGCUCGGUUAUGAUGAGAAUCGCACGCCUUUGACACCGUCUCAGAUCUUCCAAGACGUCUCAGCAGACCACGCUCUCAAGACCGUCACAAUCGAAGCAUUCCCACACUCCUCAACGCUCCAAGCAGCCUCCGUACACCCCUGCAAACACGCAAGCGUGAUGAAAAAAGUCAUCGAGCGCAUGAACGCAGGCGUAGUUGAAGAGCAGCUCGCUGCACGAAAGAACACCAGCAAACACCAAGACAAGGACGGGAAGAAGAAAUGGGGUUUCGGGCGCAAGGGAAGCAAAGAAGAUGGUGCUAAGGCUGCGGGCGUAGGGGAGGAAGAGGAAGUCGAGGGCAUGCGCGUGGACUUUUACCUUGUGGUAUUUUUGAAGUUCAUCGCGUCUAUCGUGCCUACGAUCGAGGUGGAUUCGACGACUGCGUUUUGAGGUGGUUUUGGUGGAGGAUAUACCUGCUGGAUUUUUUGUGGUAAUUGUGGUGGUGUAGGCUGUGCUAUAUGACGGGGAGGUUUGUGUAUGUACCAUAGAGAUUAUGUAGAGUUGGAAUGUAUGCUGGAAGCAACGGUAGGGCACAUAAUUCACUCGGAUGUGCUUUUUCGAUGACAGAUU